UGUCUACGGUCGUACCGGUGUGAACACACACCAGGGUAAAGUCUAUCUGUCUGUUAGCGGACAGGGUGACUAGGGUGGUGAUUCCUACAUGAACUGCCCACACUGGUCCAAAAGAUGACCGCAAUGUUCCUGAUAUGUGUCUGUGUAGCGGUGGGAGUGACAUUUGGUCAGGACACUGAUGGAUUUUUCCUACUCGCUGGAACUGAUGAGAAAACUGUUUAUAAACUUGAAAACGAAUCUUUCUCAACGAUACCUGUUUCGACUGAUAUACAUGCCAUGGCGUUCGAUCCUAUGUCAAGAAGGGUUUACUAUGGAUCUGUAUACAGCAUUCACCUAUACAGCAUGAAGUUGGACGCUACUGACAUCCGGGUCGAGGCUACCACAGACUUGUACGUUCAAGCGAUAGCUGUUGACAGUGUUGCGGGAAACAUAUUCGUGUACUCACCUGGGAAAGGUAAAAUCUACCGGGUGGUGAUGAGAGAGGACCCCACCCUUGACCAGAAUGAUAUUAUUCAUACCGGUGAAGGGGAAGUCUUCUCCAUGGAUGUUGACCCUAAGACCAGAACGUUAUUUUGGGGAUCAAAAGCAGGUGUUUGGCAAUCCAAUUACGACGGGACGAGCAAGAAGAAUAUGCUGUCUUUGUUUGAUUAUGUCAAUGGCAUUUCAGUUGAUGACCAGAACGUUUAUGUUAUCAUCAAUAAUAAGAUCCUCAAGAUCGACCGAUCCCAUGAUCAAACAUAUACUGAGAUCUUUGGAGACAUUGGGGAUUCCAGCACGGCAGAAAGUCUGGUCUUAGUGGGGACUAGUCUAUACUUCAGUAUUGCGGCGUGUGUUUACAGACCGACCACUAUGUGUAAUACGUCUAUAGCUACUGUACACAUAGACGGAACAGGAUUCAAACAUCUCGGACCUGUAUUAUCAUCAAUUAACUAUGGAGAUACCUUGACACUUGUAUAUAUACUGAAAUCUAAAGACACAACUACAACGACGACGAGAUUGACGUCGACGACGACAACGGGAUCGACACCGACAAUAAUGACAUCAAGCCCGGUUGGUACUAUGGAAGCAACAGACACUGAUGGAUUUUUCCUACUCGCUGGAACUGAUGAGAAAACUGUUUAUAAACUUGAAAACGAAUCUUUCUCAACGAUACCUGUUUCGACUGAUAUACAUGCCAUGGCGUUCGAUCCUAUGUCAAGAAGGGUUUACUAUGGAUCUGUAUACAGCAUUCACCUAUACAGCAUGAAGUUGGACGCUACUGACAUCCGGGUCGAGGCUACCACAGACUUGUACGUUCAAGCGAUAGCUGUUGACAGUGUUGCGGGAAACAUAUUCGUGUACUCACCUGGGAAAGGUAAAAUCUACCGGGUGGUGAUGAGAGAGGACCCCACCCUUGACCAGAAUGAUAUUAUUCAUACCGGUGAAGGGGAAGUCUUCUCCAUGGAUGUUGACCCUAAGACCAGAACGUUAUUUUGGGGAUCAAAAGCAGGUGUUUGGCAAUCCAAUUACGACGGGACGAGCAAGAAGAAUAUGCUGUCUUUGUUUGAUUAUGUCAAUGGCAUUUCAGUUGAUGACCAGAACGUUUAUGUUAUCAUCAAUAAUAAGAUCCUCAAGAUCGACCGAUCCCAUGAUCAAACAUAUACUGAGAUCUUUGGAGACAUUGGGGAUUCCAGCACGGCAGAAAGUCUGGUCUUAGUGGGGACUAGUCUAUACUUCAGUAUUGCGGCGUGUGUUUACAGACCGACCACUAUGUGUAAUACGUCUAUAGCUACUGUACACAUAGACGGAACAGGAUUCAAACAUCUCGGACCUGUAUUAUCAUCAAUUAACUAUGGAGAUACCUUGACACUUGUAUAUAUACUGAAAUCUAAAGACACAACUACAACGACGACGAGAUUGACGUCGACGACGACAACGGGAUCGACACCGACAAUAAUGACAUCAAGCCCGGUUGGUACUAUGGAAGCAACAGACACUGAUGGAUUUUUCCUACUCGCUGGAACUGAUGAGAAAACUGUUUAUAAACUUGAAAACGAAUCUUUCUCAACGAUACCUGUUUCGACUGAUAUACAUGCCAUGGCGUUCGAUCCUAUGUCAAGAAGGGUUUACUAUGGAUCUGUAUACAGCAUUCACCUAUACAGCAUGAAGUUGGACGCUACUGACAUCCGGGUCGAGGCUACCACAGACUUGUACGUUCAAGCGAUAGCUGUUGACAGUGUUGCGGGAAACAUAUUCGUGUACUCACCUGGGAAAGGUAAAAUCUACCGGGUGGUGAUGAGAGAGGACCCCACCCUUGACCAGAAUGAUAUUAUUCAUACCGGUGAAGGGGAAGUCUUCUCCAUGGAUGUUGACCCUAAGACCAGAACGUUAUUUUGGGGAUCAAAAGCAGGUGUUUGGCAAUCCAAUUACGACGGGACGAGCAAGAAGAAUAUGCUGUCUUUGUUUGAUUAUGUCAAUGGCAUUUCAGUUGAUGACCAGAACGUUUAUGUUAUCAUCAAUAAUAAGAUCCUCAAGAUCGACCGAUCCCAUGAUCAAACAUAUACUGAGAUCUUUGGAGACAUUGGGGAUUCCAGCACGGCAGAAAGUCUGGUCUUAGUGGGGACUAGUCUAUACUUCAGUAUUGCGGCGUGUGUUUACAGACCGACCACUAUGUGUAAUACGUCUAUAGCUACUGUACACAUAGACGGAACAGGAUUCAAACAUCUCGGACCUGUAUUAUCAUCAAUUAACUAUGGAGAUACCUUGACACUUGUAUAUAUACUGAAAUCUAAAGACACAACUACAACGACGACGAGAUUGACGUCGACGACGACAACGGGAUCGACACCGACAAUAAUGACAUCAAGCCCGGUUGGUACUAUGGAAGCAACAGUCGUCGAUGGACAGUUUUUACUCGCCGGAGCUGUCGAGAAAACCGUAUAUAUGCUAGAGAAAGAGUCCUUCUCGACGAUAGAUGUCGUGACUGAUAUACAUACCAUGGCGUUCGAUCCUAUGUCAAGAAGGGUUUACUAUGGAUCUAUAUACAGUAUUCACUUAUACAGCAUGAAGCUGGACGGUACUGACGUCAGGGUCGAGGCCACCACAGAUUUGUACGUUCAAGCGAUAGCCAUUGACAGUGUUGCGGGAAAUAUAUUUGUGUACUCACCUGGGAACACAGGUAAAAUCUUCCGGGUGGAGAUGGGAGAGGACCCUACUUUUGAUCAGAGUAAUAUCAUUCAUACAGGCGAACGGGAAGUCUUCUACAUGGCUGUUGACCCCAAGACCAGAACUUUAUUUUGGGGAUCAACAACAGGUGUGUGGCAAUCCAGUUAUGACGGAACAAACAAAAAGAAUAUACUCUCGGUGUUUGGUUACUUUGAUGGUAUUGCAGUUGAUGAUAGGUACGUUUAUGGAAUAUCAACAAGUAAGGUGUUCAAGAUCGAUCGAUCAAUGGAUCAAACAUUUACCGAGAUAUAUACUAUUGGCGAACCCAGGAGAGCUAAGGGUCUGGUGGUAGUGGGGAAUAGUCUUUACUUUAGUAGUUCGAAGUGUGUCAACAGCCAUGCCACUGUCUGUACAAGCUCUGUUGAUACUGUGCUGAUAGAUGGAACAGGAUGUCAACGUGUUAGUCCUGUAGUGUCCUUGGACAACAAUGGAUAUCGCCUCACACUGAUAUAUUUAACGGGAUCGAACGCCAAGAUGACAACAGCUAGCCCGGUUUUAACUAAAAGUCUUGUCAUAGUGUUACUAAUUGUGUCCCUAGUGGUAGCUCUUGUGAUCGCUAUCGCUGUCAUCCUGUCGUGUAAAAGGAUUUCAGGGAAAGGUCAACCUGUUGGAGAGCCAACUUAUGAAUCCCCGUAUAACUUUGACUCGAUUAGUCACAUUUAUGAAGAUCCAAUAUGCAAUUCGGAUGUGGUGGUGAAGUUUGACGACAGCGAAAAACAGAAGUUAGAGAAAAUGUAUCGUGAAAUAGAUGCUAAGGGCCAAAUCAAUGGACAUGUUGGUCCGCCAAAGAAAUGUUAGACUAAGACAACUCGAUAUUUUCCCUGAAUGGUUGAGAAAAUGACGAUGAAGUUGUUUCGAAAAGAACAUCGUUAUUACAUUAAGAAAUCCCGAAAAUUCCGACUUUUUGUGUUUUCUCCAUUGCAGCUUAUUCCAUUUUUUGCAUUUUAGCUUAUACAUAUAGAACACGUUGUUUGCUAAUACAUUCUUCCACAAUUCACGAUACUAAUGUCUUUGUGUACUUUUUGGAAUGCUUAAAUGUGUUAAUUGAUUGAUUCAAUAAGAUAAUGGUCUUAAUAUGUUAAACAAACUUGUCAAUGGAUUUCAGUUUCGCUAUGUAAAGGAAUAUAUUCUGCAAGAGUCAUAAAAUGAGUCAAUUAAUCUACAUGUAUUGUGUCGGCCGGCACAGAAGCAUUAGUAUAGGAGGAAACAAUCGCUGUAUGGUAAUUUCAUCAGUACGAUAAACAAUAAAUAGCUAUGCCAUUUCAUUUGGUUGGCUUGCUAUAAAUAUUUAACCGACCAUGGUUAAUUAUUUCUAUAUUUUUAUACGCAUGCCUUGUAUGAAACAUCCUCUAUUGUUGGAUAAUGAUGGAAUGUGACCCUUUACAUUUAUAUAAAGAUUCGAGGAUUGAGUCCCUGCAUUCCUGGAUAACUGUACCAUGUACUUUAUUAGGGAAUUGAUAAGCAGGACUGAAAUAACCGUUACAUUUUUUUGCAUUUUGCAUUGUUUUCCUUUGCUGUAGGGUAAUUUCAUCAAUACCAUAAACCAUAAAUCGUUAUAGCAUUAUAUUGGUAAGCUUGCUAGAAAUAGUAAACCAACUACAUUUAUGUAUUGUUAAUUAUUUCUACAUUUCAUAAUAUACUACAUACCAGUAAAUAGAUAGUAUAGUUUUAACAUAUGAAACCCUAAUUUAGCUUCAGGAAUAACAUCUCUCAAAUGCUUAAUCGACAUAGAUUAGUAUGACGGAUGAUGUCGUAAAAGCAGAAAACAAAUAAUCUUUUUGGAACACAUGUUUCAUUUCUCAAUAUUCAUUAUGCUAGACACAUUAUGGUUUAUUUAUUUUUCAUUUUAUUUAGGUUUUUACUUUUUUAUAUCUAAAAUUUUGUUUGUUUGGUGUUUAUAUUUUGGUCUUCAUCUCGUCAGUUUUGAGUUUGAAUUACUCUUGCAUUUUGAUGUUGGUUUAUGCAAAAGUAUUCAGAUGAAUUUCAAAAUUCAUCAAACUAAUUCAUGCUUGACCUUGUCCUUGCUGUAUAUAUACACUACGUUCUUUCAAUGGAUAUUAUUCACCACUCGAAACAUGUCCAAGGUCAAGUGUCAUACUGUAUGUAAUGUAUAGUAUUAUGCUUUACACUUAUAACCUAACGUUUGGCACCGGUUGGAUCAUAUUUAACAGAUAGACCCGGUCUCGGAUAGUGGCUAUUGGAGCUUUUUAUGACACCUAAUCAGGAACUGAAAAUAAAUGUAGCAAAUAUAUUCACAUUUCGGUGUGGCUAUUGUUGAAUGUAUUGAUAAUUCUCGUAAAUGAACAUGUAUUAGGGAAGGAAAUAGUAAAAAGAGAGGAUAAAAGCACAUUAUGAGAAAAAGGACAUUAUAUGAACCGCGUGUUUAACGUCUGGUGUUAUCCUAAAAGUUCAUAAAUGAUAUAUGUAUUGGGUACAUUUGUUAACUAAUAAUUUUCUUAAUAAUGUAUGAUACAUAAACAGUUAUUUGAAGAAAAAAUGUUUCAGUCAUGGGGAAAAUAGAACUUUUUGAUAUUAUAACACCUUUUCUUUUCAAGAUGGAUUUUGCAAAUUUGCAAUGAAGAGUUAUCCCCCUUGAAAUGAUGUUACUUCAACUUUCGUCAUUGAAAGAGAUAUAAUGUGUUUGAUGCCGAAUUUUACCCAACUAAACAUAUUGGAUAAAGCAAUGGUAAAAUACUAAAUUCAAACUGCUCACGAUCAGGAAAUCAUUUUGAUAUUAUUGAUGCCUUUUUUUACAAUAUGUCUUCAAAAACUUCUUCGGUAUGAUAUUGUCAGUAGAAAUUUUAUUUGGUUUUGAUUCUUUAUUAUUGUUUACAGUAAGGUCCUUUAAAGAACUGAUAUCAUUUUUUUUUGUAAUAUUCUGUGUUUGGCUUUCUGUGUAUACUUGCUGCCCCAAAGUUUGAUAUAAGCUAGGUCACUAUGGAUCAUGGUAAUAGGAAAGUCCUAUUAUGUUCUAUAUGUUUUAGUGCACAGACAUUUUUGAACUUGUUUCCUGAUCAAUUUAUGUCACAAUCACAAGCUGGUAUUACUGUACAUUGUUCAGAUGUAAAGGACAGAGUUUACUAGGUCUACUUUUAUUGUAAAACAGAACAUGGUGCCCAGAAAAAUGUAUUGAAAACGACACGCAGAUCACCAAUAAGUGCAUGGCGCCUCGUCGUGCACGUCGGUCAUGUGAGAAACAGGAUGUAUUUUGUUGUAGGACGUAUUUAAAAAUUCCUUAUUGUACAAAUAUGAAUAACUAUGCUAAACUAUUGUGUGGUAUGUUUUUCCUUAAUAACAUAUUUAAUUAUUGAUGUCAUUGUCUGAGAUGUUUGUAUAUUAAAUUUUAUUUACUUUAGAUUGUGUUUUGAAAAAAAAGUAACCAUCAUACUAUUAUUAAAGCAUUUA